AAAAAAAAAAAAAAUAGAAAGAUUUCUUUGACCUGUAUAUUUUCUCUUCAUCGUCUUUCUGCAUCCAUCUGACGUUUCAUGUCACUAGUAUCCAAACAAUUUCAGUUCUAUGUGAUCAUAUACUACCUCUUUUGGCUCUUCGAAGUUCUGUCAAUCUGGUUCUGCCACUAUGCCUUCUUCAAGUUCCUGUUCCCACUUUCUGGAGCCUCCCACACCACUGUUUUGGGUACUAAUUCCGGUCUUAGGGUUUUGACGUCUCAACACAAGCUCUUAUGUCAUUGCAGGUUUUCAUGAUUUUCUUGGCGAGCCAAUGAAAUUAUACAAUCCAGAGAAGACUUUUGUUUCUGAAUGGCGGCAUGCUGAGGAGGAAUGCUGCUAAAUUGAUUAAUUGGGUUACUUGAUGAUAGGUCACUGCAGGGAAUCGGUGAUGUUGGAAUGUGAUCAACCUAAUUCAGAGGGAAGAGGUUUGGAUUUCGAAUCUCCAAAAGUUUGCUGGCUCGGUGUUUAAUGUGGAACUCUAGACAGUCCCAUGGACAGCAAAGCCUAUUUUGCAGGUUAUGCUACUUCGGAUUGCCUCAUUUUGGUCCCUAGGAUCUUGGGAAUUCCAUUCUUAGAUCACACAGUAGGGUUCAGAAAGUAACCCUUGACAUACAGAGGCCAAGCUAUGAUAGCCUCUCAAAUGGCUGAUGGUCUAGCUGGGAGUGCAUCCUCCACCUGCCUUGCAAAAUGUCAUCCCCUUCCUCCUGACUGUUUCAAGUCUAGCCUUGAACGGAAGUGGUAGUUUAAUGUUGCUUUACAUUUAGGGUGUUUCAUGUUUCCCCUGUUCAGCUGCCUCAGAUAAACCUCUAGUUGUUGCCCAUUCUUCCAACAAUGCCUGUCCCAGUCUCAAGCAUUGAGCAAUCAAUUGUUCAACAAGACUGAAUGGCAAUGAUCCUCUUAGCUGUUGUACUUUCCAUUCAUGCCCCUAUAUGGAAGGAAAUUGUAUUCCGUGGGCUCCUUCUCUCUCCUUUGACCAGAUACAUGAACAAAGGUUGCUCAAUUUUGAUGAGCUCAAUCGCUUUUACUUUGGCUCACUUCAAUAUGCAGAGGAUGCUGCCAUUUAUAUUUCUUGGAGUGUUGAUCGGUGGUGUCUUUACACGAUCAAGGAACAAGUUUGCACUAGUGCUAUAGCACAGCCUCUGGAAUGCCUUUGUCUUUUUAGAUCUCAUGAAAAGAUAUUUACACUCUGUAAAAUUUUCUGAAUCAGGUAUACCCACAUUGCCUUUCCCAAUGUACUCCUUGUUCUGGUUUGUAGGGCUUUACCAGGUUUACAUUCACAAAUCUUCACAUCUGCUGUGGGCUGCUAUAAACUGCCAUAUUCUUUAUGGUUUGAGGAUCUGUUGGUAGCCAGGUGACUCAUCUAAUAGGGACAUCAUAGGCAAUUUAGCCUGAUAUCAAACGGUUGCUUUGUUUGGUUUGGAAUAUGUGAGUAUUCUUCUCCAAUAGAUGUUUUUAGGGGCAGAAUCCAAUUUCUCUUACUUUUUUGUUCUCAGUCACCAAUUUCCUUGAUUGCUGUUGAAAAAUCAUUAUGAAUAAAUAGUCUAGGUCAUCAGUUCAGAUGCAAUAAUAGAGCUAUUAGUUAAAGACAGGGAUCAAUCUUGUAUAUAAAGAUGGUAAAAUACAGUUUUUUCACACAAAUCUACCCAGGCCGAAAAGAGUUAUUUUUUUAUUCAUAUUGAAAUAUUUUGCAAUUUUAUUUUGUUGUAGUGUCCAUGUUAUUAAAUAUAGAUUUAUUUUUUUCUUGUUGAUGUCCAAGUUAUCACCAGCAAGAGGUGUUCUGUUCAAAACUAAUUGCUUUGUUAUUUUCUUUUUUAACCAGUAACUAACUACUACAUUUUCGAUGAUCUCAUGAUAACCUGCUGUGUUUGGUUGGGAAAAGUACGAUAAUGUGCGGUAGAGAUUUUCUCUCUGUAAAUUCAACUUUUGCCUUGUCAGCAAGAUGUCCCAUUUGUUUUUUCAUGUGGAAAUUUUCUGUAAUUCUGCAGUAAUAACAUGUUCCUUGUGAUGUAUUAAAUGGAGACGAACUUUUCCUAGGUUAUAACAGAAUCUUUCACCAGAAGCAUUUAUUUGGAAUUUAACUGCUCCUUUGAGCGCUGGAUGCUUUAGAAAUUGCCUAAUGUCCUGAAGGAGAUGCCUUAGGGGGACCGAUUGGUUUCAAGUCACUUUCUAUUCUUGGCUUUUGUCCCACAAACUUUGGUCAUUGUUCAUUUCAUUCUCCGACAUCCCUUGGGGACCCUUGUCUGCUUUUUUUUUUUUUCAAAAUUGUAUUAAACAAUUAUUAGUUCUGGUUUGAAUGAAAAGGACAUUACUUUCCCAAGCAUUUAAGUUUUGCGAAGAUUCAAACUCACCACCACUCGGGCUGUUAGUGGAUGUAAAAGCUUGAAAUUUGUACACCAAGAGAACUUAGUGAUAUUUCCUUCUUCAUUUUUUUCUAUUUGUAUACUGGAAUUUAUAUCUGAUGUCCUAUUAUAUUUGUUUUGGUGUUGUAUUAUAGGUGAAUAAUAGAAGGCUGUAACUACCGUUUUCUUGAAUAUGGUUUAUAAAUCUUUAUGAUAUUGCACAUUCACUCGGUACUUCCAAGCUUUCUUCUUCCCCUAGAAAUAAUGUAAAAUCUGGGGUAUUGCAAGCCUUUUUAUUUUCACAUAAAUAUCUCAUGAUUCUGAGAGCUAUUGCUUCAUGUGUUAUGAAAAUAGAUAGUGCUGAUAUGCAUGUUUUGAAAAUAGAUUAGAAAUCUGGUAACAGCUCCUCAGUAAUUAAUAUAUAUGUAUGUGUAUUUUGUUAUAAAUGGACUGCUUCUGGGACAAAAGUCUUGAUGCACUAGUUAAUUCUGCUCAAGGGUUUCUCUGAUUUUCUUGUUUUAUAAUGUUUGUUGGCAUUAAUAUUUAAAGCAGAUAGAAAUAGAAGUUAUUUUAAUAACCUGAUAAAAUUGGUGUGUAGUUAAGAUAUUAUCCAAUUCAGAAAUUUUGAAGCAUCUUAGGGACCACCUCACACUUGUUAAUUUUUUGUAGUUAUAUUUAGAAUAAAAAUAUUAUCUUGGAAGUAUUUUUUACAUUUUAUUUCAAACUUGUGCUGUUGCAGUUAGGAUGUAAGCAUCAGAAGCAUGAAUUAUAAAAAGAUGGAGACAAAAUUAAAGGGAGCCAAGUGAGAUCAACAAUUUUGUCUAGAAUGUAUAGAUUAUAGGUUCAUGAGAAGCAUUCAAAAGCAUUAGACUGGUUGUAUGCCCUUUAUUCUUGCUUUAGCAGCUCAUUGGAUAAACGAUUAGAGUGUUCAUGAACCUGCUUCCACUAUAGAUUCUGUCUACCAAUUGCUUCUCUCUUUGAAAUAUUUAUAGGGUUUGUUAGACUUACACAUAUUUAAAAGCAUAGGACUUGGCCUCCUUCUUUUGUUUGUUUUUUUUUUUCCCCCCUCAUGUCUGCUGUUUAUUGUAAACAAUGGAAUAUGCAUGAAGCUUUUCUAAUUUUACUUUUCUUUGCUUGUAUUGUAAAGAGAAACCAUCUUCUCUGUGAAGUUUGGAAAAUAUAUAUGAAUAAAGGACAAGUGGGGUAAAGGAUUGACGCAACAGUACAUAAUGGAUGCUUGUGGGGUCACAUAUUUCUGUUCCGUUUCCCCUUUCUUCUAUUUUAAAUAUUAAAAUUCAUUGUCUCUUGCCAGACAGCCACACACCCAAUUGUUAGAAACAGGGUAUAUAUACAUACAUGCAUAUAUGCUUUGGAGAUAUAUUUGUUAGGUGGAGGGCUUUUGCUAAUUCCUAUUCUGUAUCUAUUUCUUAUAUUUUUGUUGUAAACUUUGUCCAUUCUCUUCCUUUACAUAUCUUGUUAGAAUAUCAUCCAUGGAAACUUCACAGCCUCUUUCUAUUGAGAGCUUUUCUUAUAGCUGGCUAGUAAACCUGAAACCAUCAUUGGAAAGCUUGGACAAUUCCCUUAGAGCUUCACUUGAUGCAUCCGAUGAAGCUUCCUUCAUUGAGAUGGACCCAAAAAUGACACCUUCAAAAAGAUUCUUCAGAAACUCUCAGGAUUUUAAAUUUGACUUCCCUAUUUCACAAUCUCCGCUUACUGUUGUUCAUGCUGAUGAGCUCUUUUCUAAUGGUUAUGUGAUGCCCCUCUUCGUUGAUCCAUUGAAAAUUGAGAGUUAUGAGGUUUCAGAUUCAAGCCCAGCCCUUCCUCCCUCCUCAAAUACACCAAAAGUUGUUUCAGCUAUGCAAACUCGUUCUUCUUCGUUGAGAAGGUGCCGGACAUUAUCAAAGAAAAUAUUUCACAAGUACUUUGAUUUUUUGAGGCCGCUGUACAGAAGAAUUCGAGGUCACCGAUCAAGUUCUAGAGCUGAAAAUACAGAUACAAAAGUUCAGGUGGUGAAGAGUUGGUUAUAUUCAACUGAAUCAUCUCCAAGAAUAAGCGUAGCUUAUUCUGUUGAUGAUUGGCGGAGGUCUUGUGAUUCUGAGAGUUCAAUUUAUGAGGCAGUUCUUCAUUGCAAAAGAUCCAUUGGGAAAUAAAUCAAGACCGUUGUCCAAAAGAAAAAAGGGAAAGAAAAGUGAGCAAUGUGCCAAUCUCCACAUUCACAUGGGAAGACUGAAAACGAGAGGAAUAAAGAAAGAUCAGCAGCCACUUGUCUUUUGUUUUUUCCUUCUCUUCUGCUGUGAGGAUAAUGUAAAUUUGGUUUUAUGAGGAAGGAGAAACUAUGUUGGAUGGUCGGCCAUGGAAAUUCUGGCCUUAUGGAGAAAAAGAAUUGAAGGCAAAUUAAAGUUUUGUUUUUGUCUUUUUCUUUUAUGGGAGAAAAAGCUAUUUACUAGCAAGAUUCUCUCCCUUAUAUAUGUAAAGUUUCAAUGAAUCCAAGAUUAUUUUAUUCGCGGCAUGCUUCCAUUA